CGAACGCACGUGCAGCGGAUUAUAUAUAUAUAUAUAUAUAUAUAGUCGAGAAUCGGGGGAAAAUCGAGACAGGCAAGACAGAAAAUCGAAGCACAUUAUGUAUAACACACGCAAUUGAAAUUAAUUUACGCGUCGCUACCCAUCUGCAUAAGUUCAAUGGAAGACGAAGCAAAAGCAAAGCCCACAAGCCGAGGAGAAAAGUGUGAAGAAAGUGCAACAAAAUCGAAUUAAGAAAUCAAGAAAUCAAACCGAAGAAGUGCGCCUAACAACAAUAUAAUAAAACAAUCAUCGCGUGUUCGUCCGCACAAAUGUUAAUCAAAGGUUAAUUAAAGAGACUGCAAUUAUUCCGAGUUGCAGUUGGAUUGACUUUACCAAAAAACUCUUUGUGAUUAUGUGUAUUCCAUUCAUAAAUUACAUUCUGUGACAAGUUUUACGUCCCGAUUCACAAGAAUAACCGAAAAUAUUUGUAAAUUUUAUAACCGAGGAAAGAAAUAAACGGAGCUCAAAAUAAUCCAAAUCCGAGGAAAGAACAGCUGAAGAACUUGCAGCGAACAGCCUUUUUUCCUGACUAGAAAACAUAGGAAUUACCUGAAAAUAUGACACUCUUGCCAGAUAUCAAGGCUUCAGAUGCCGCCUGCUGUGUUGGUGGGGAAAACAGUGAUGCGAGUAGUAGCUCCGGUGGCAGCCACAAAGGUCAUCAUGGCAAUCACGACAGUGGCUGCCUGGGCAUCAAUUGUUGCACCACAGCAGCCAGCUCGGAGUUGUCCAUCGAUGAGACCUCGUCGACCUCGUCCAGAGGAUCGGGAGCAGACUUGGCCAGCAAGGUAACCAAUGAUCUGAAUGGAUUCCAGAAGCCAAACUAUCACCAGGCAGUGGCGCAUGCCAAUUUCGAUCACUGCGAUCCGGUGGACAUUGAGUUCUCCGAUGUGCGAUACACAGUGCGGAAGUUCUCCUUUCCGGAAAGGAAAUUCGUCACCAAGGAAAUCCUCCAUGGUCUCAAUGGCAGCUUUCGCUCUGGCGAACUGACUGCCAUAAUGGGUCCUUCGGGUGCCGGCAAAAGUACGCUUUUGAAUGUGAUGUCCGGUUUUUGUUCCACUGGAGUGUCGGGCAAUAUACGGGUAAAUGGAAAGCCAAUGGCUCCCAGUUCGGAGAGAUUCCGCCAAAUGUUGUGCUACAUCCAUCAGGAUGAUCUGCUGCGACCUCAGUUAUUGGUGGGGGAGAUAAUGCUACUCGCAGCCCACCUGAAGUUGGGCUUCAAGGUCACCAAAGCCUACAAAAUGGAUCUGAUCAAACAGAUCCUAUCGCUUUUGGGUCUGGACCAUCGCUACAAUGUGCCGACGGGGAAGCUUUCGGGGGGACAGAAGAAGCGACUUGCGAUUGCCCUGGAGCUGAUAAGUAAUCCUCCCGUACUAUAUCUGGAUGAGCCGACGACGGGUUUGGACAGCUCAUCGUGUAGUUCUUGUGUGGCUUUGCUGAAGAAGCUGGCAUCGCAGGGUCAUACGAUAGUCUGCACUAUCCACCAGCCGAGUGCCCUGAUCUUCGAGAUGUUCGACAAGCUGUACACGGUGGUGGAUGGUCACUGCAUGUACCAGGGACCUGUGAGGGAACUGGUUCCCUUCCUGGCCGAUCAGCAGCUCGUCUGUCCCAGCUACCACAAUCCAGCCGACUACCUGCUGGAAGUGGCCGUGGGCGAGCAUCAACGUGAUCUGAAUGAACUAAUCCAUGCGGCCAAUAAAAAGUAUUACGAGGAUGUCGAUCGCUAUCGCUAUAUGAACAGUGCCGAUAUGUCACGCCUCGUGGCAACAAUUAAAGACAAGAUUGGCGGCAAGACGCUGGGAAAAUCCAGUCCAGAGUUGCCGGGAGUUGCGCUGGCGCAAUUCUCCAGCUUCGAUUAUGUGAAAGCUUCGCCGCAGGAACUGGCGCUGGAGGAGAUCAAGGCACUCAGUGGUCCCACGGAGAUUGUGGACCAGGAUCGCCUGGAGAAACACCAUCCACAGCAGCCACUUGCCAAUGCCAAGGAGCUUGCCAAGCCAUCCAGUGCAGUCAGAUCGGCCUCCUUCCUCAUGCAAUAUCUUCUCCUGAUGCAGCGCAUCCUGAUCUGUGCCAAACGAAGCUAUUUUCUUCUGCUGGCCCGCAUCUUUUCGCACAUUUUCAUUGGAGUCGUCUUUGGAUAUCUGUACAUGAACGUGGGCAACAAUGCACAGAGUGUGCUGGGAAAUUACGUGUAUCUCUAUGGAUCCACUCUGCUCUUGGUCUACACCGGCAAAAUGGCUGUGGUCUUGACAUUUCCGCUGGAAAUUGACAUGUUGACACGGGAGCACUUCAAUCGCUGGUACAAACUGGGCCCCUACUUCCUCUCACUGAUCUCCUUCGAAAUACCCUUCCAGAGCCUCUGUACCGCCAUGUACAUCAUCAUAAGCGUACAUCUAACUGGCAAUGAUGCUGUGGAAUCAUUCCGGAUCUACUACUUUAUGUUGCUCGGGAUAAUGGCCUCAUUAAGUGCCCAGGCCUGGGGCUUUUUCGUGGGAGCCACGCUGCCAACUAAGCUUGCCGUAUUUCUCGGACCCAUUCUGGCGGUGAUGUUCUCCGUUUUUGGAUUCUGCACACGCUAUAUUGACAUCACGCCCCUUUUCCGAUGGAUGUGGCACUUGAGCUAUUUCCGAGCUGGGUUCCAUGGGGCGUUGAAUGCCAUCUACGGGAUGGAUCGACCUUUUCUGGAAUGUCCGGAGACUGCGAUGUACUGCCACUUCCGCAGUCCAAAGGUGUUCCUCAAGUACAUGAUGAUAUCGGAUGUGCACAUGUCCGACUGUCUGAUCCUCAUGGGAACCGUGAUUGCAGUCAUGCACGUGCUGACCCUCCUAACUCUUUGGCACAAGCUUAACAGACGAUAGGAUGUCUGUGAUCUUGUUCUCAAGGCUAAGCCCCAGUUUUAAUCCUACUGUACAUAGUCGGGUGUCUUUAAAUCUCUUCUUGUUUUAAGUUCGAAACUGAAUUUAUAAUUUUUCCUUUUUGUGUUUGUUUUAAUUGAUCGACUAGCUUAAUUAUUUAUUUUAUUUUUCUUUGAAAUUGUAUGCGAGAAGGCUUUAGGGUAGCUUAUUCCAGUUUAAGUGCUGAUAUACCAAAAAAAAAAGGAAGAUCAAUCAUAACACAAUUUAAAUACCCCACUUUCCAUCUUGCCCUGUAAACUUCAUCAACUGAGCUGGGUUUCCCGCAAGGAAUUCAAGCUAUGCCAAAUCUUGAAUAUUCAUCUACAUUAUACAUUAGGUUCGCAACAAAGAUUCAUUUGUGAUCAACAUUUUGUUUUGUCUCUUUAGUGCAUAGUUUUAAUCUUAUUCCUAAGUUCGAAUUAUUUGUAUAUGGCAUAUGUAUGUUUAGUUUUUGUAGCAAAUGUUUUAGAUUAUUUUGAUUUUGUAAUAAAUUGUUUGGUAGAUUGAUCA